AUGUCUUUCUAUUUACUCUCUUUCUAUUUUCUUUCUUUCUUUCUUUUUUCUCUCCCUUUCUUUUUUCCAUGUUAUAUAUUUCUUUCCUUUUCGCAAAUCAUUUUCCUUUCUUUCUUUGGCCUUCCAUAUUCAUUCCAGUUUCUUCUUGUCUAUCUGAGUCUAAGAAAAGAGGUAAAAAUUGCAACAAGCGUUAAUUUCUCCUUUCUAUUUUUUCUUUUAUUCACUCUUUUCUUCUUAUUCUUUCUUUACACUAUCCCUUUCCUUUUUCACACUUUUUUCUUUCUUUGCUCUUUAUUCUUUCAUUCACUCUUUUCUUCUUUCUCUUUCCUUUCAUUAUCCCUUUCCUUUUUCACUCUCUUUUCUUUCCGUCAUUUUUUUUUCGUUUGCUCAUCCUUUUCUUCUCACUCUUUCAUUUCACAAUCCUUUUUCUUCUUCACUCUCGAAUUUUUCCUUCCCUCACAUAUUUCCUUCCAUUACACUUUUUUCUUGUCACACUCUUUUCUUUCCUUAUUCAUAUUUUCCUCACACAUCCAUCCAAACUUUAUUUAUCAAUUAAUUUAUUUAUUCCCCUCUCUCUUUUUCUCUUUUUCUUUCCUUCUCUUUCUCUUUUGUGUCCCUCCCUUUCUCCCUUCUUUCUUUACUGCAUCCUUCCUGCAUUGA